UCCUUCAGUCUUCAUUCACUCGACAAGAGGCGAGGAGCCGAGGAGGGAGUGCAGUGCAGCGCGGUGCGGGCAGGGGAGGGAGCCAGUCGGAGCUGAUGGAGGCAGCGGCGGCGGCUCCGCCGGAGAGGGAUACGUCAGCGGACUGGGGGGAUGGCGUGGUGGCGCUAGGUUUCCGGGUGAAGGCAUCCUCUCGCGAGUCGCCGUCGCAGAAGGCGGGGAACUUGCUUGAGGCCGACCUGCGUUCCCACUGGUCCACCGCCACCAACACCAAGGAAUGGAUCCUCCUUGAGCUCCAGGAACCGUGCCUCCUCUCCCACAUCCGCAUCUACAACAAAUCCGUCCUCGAAUGGGAGCUCACUGCUGGUCUGCGAUACAAGCCCGAUGCCUUCGUCAAGGUGCGCCCCCGCUGCGAGGCCCCCAAGCGCGACAUCGUCUACCCCGCCAACCACACCCCUUGCCGCUACCUCCGCAUUUCCUGCCUGCGCGGCAACCCCAUCGCCAUCUUCUUCAUCCAGCUCUUUGGCAUCCCCGUGCCUGGCCUCGAACCUGAGCUCCAGCCACUGCUCAGCUACUUGCUCCCGCAAAUCACAUCCUCCAAACAACCCCUUUCUCACAACAUGCACCUCCAGUUGCUUAAAGACAUCUCCAUCAGGCUACCUCCAUUUCUUCCCCAGAUUGAGGCUGACCUUAAUAGUGUGGCGGACACCCCAGAGAGCAGCGUGCGGUUCUUGGCUCUACUUGCUGGUCCAUUUUAUCCUAUCCUUCACCUUAUAAAUGAAAGAGAUCCUACCAAAUCUUUGUUUGGUUCUGCUGAUUCAGAUGCCCUCAGAACCAGUCUGGCUUCUACUCCAACAGUUUCUUCAAACUUUGAGGCACAACCGAGGAGAUCACGGAGUCCAUCAUCUGUUCAGCCUGCUUCGUAUUUGCUGGCAUUUCGAUCUGAAACGGCUAUGCUCCUCUUAAGGAAAGCGCAUAAAGACAAAACCCUUGGAGUUGUUUGCCUUCGAGCAUCGAAGGUAUUGCAAAAACUAUUGGAGCCUGAGCCAUUUUUAGACAAAUCAAUGAAUACUAGUGUCAUGCUACCAAGCCAAGUCUCUGAUGAAAUUCCUAAAAGCGAUGCUUUCAGUCUAGUACUUUCUACAGACUACUCCAGUAUGUUUGGAGAAGAAUUUAGCCUGUCAGAAAAUCAGUUUGAUGGUUCAUUCGUGAAUAUUUUGGAUAUUGCUGCUGUGGAAGAAGGCAUUCUUCAUGUACUAUAUGCAGCUGCAUCACAGCCUAUAAUAUGUCGCAAGCUUGCUGAUGUUACUUCAGACAUUUGGUCUGUCUUACCACUUGUCCAAGCCCUACUUCCAGCACUUCGUCCUCCACUCAGUUCUGGUCCUGUUGAACAUAUUGAUGAUUCUUUUAGCCAAUGGAAUCAUUCAAAUGUUCAAAAUGCUCUCUCUCAGAUUGUUACGAUGUCAGUAUCGUCAUCAGUUUUUCAUCCUCUUCUCAGAGCUUGUGCUGGUUAUCUUUCAUCCUACCUUUCAUCACAUGUAAAAACGGCUUGUGUUUUGCUUGACUUGUGUCGGGGCCCAUUGGUACCAUGGGUACCGAUGAUAACAGCAAAGGUAGAUCUUGCAGUUGAACUUCUAGAGGAUCUCCUAAGUAUCAUCCAGGAAGCUGGCCAAUCUCUUGCUCGUUCACGUGCAGCACUGAAGUAUGUUGUAUUGGCAAUUUCUGGGCAUAUGGAUGAUGUGCUCACAGAAUAUAAAGAAGUCAUGCAUAAGUUACUUUUCAUUCUGGAGAUGCUAGAUCCUUUUAUCGAUCCUUCUACAAGUGCCAUGAAAGACACAGUAAUAUUUGGUAGUAUCUCUGCUAUAUAUUUGGAGAAGCAGUCAAGUGUAUACGAUAUUGCCUUAAAUAUUAUCCAUAAAGCAGUAAAGAGAGCUGCUGUUCUCCCUUCUUUAGAACUUGAAUGGCGACGAGGAGCCGUUGCCCCAAGUGUAAUUCUCUCUAUCUUGGAUCCGCACAUGCCUCUUCCUCCUGACAUUGACCUCUGCAAAAGUUCAGCGCAUGAGAUUGAUAAUGUGCCUUUGGCUGUUUUGGAUAAUGGUGCACCACAUCCAUGCAAUCCAGAAAAUAUUGAUGGGCGAGAUGCAUCUGAACCAACUGUUCGGCCUGAAAAUUUUGAACAGUGCAGUUUUUUGUUUGCUCCUGAAGAAUUAAACCAAUCUGAGUUGACUAGUCUUUACACCUUGAAAGGAAAAGGCUAUGAUGUAGUAACUAAAACAAGUUUGAACCACGACAUCCCUGAAGGCAGAAGCAAUGAGAAACUAUCAUCUGACCCUUUCCUGCUAGAUAAUAUUGUUGCAGCUGAUUAUUUUGAUGCACAGGCUGAUUAUCAACAGCUGGAAAACUACGAGGACUGUGAGUUAAGAGCUCAAGAAUUUCAUCGCAUAGCACUGAACCUAUGCAUGCAACAAGAACCAACAUUAGAAGGGCAUAACGCUGGAAUUGAUGCUUUGUUAUUAGCAGCAGAAUGUUACGUUAAUCCAUUUUUUCUAUUGGAAUUCCAGCCUAAUUUAGAGCCUCUGGACAAUAUUGAACGUAUUCAUUCGGAGUUGAUGCAGGGGAAUGCUUCCUCUGCGUUGAAAAAAUUCCACUUCAAAGAUUUAGAUAAAAAGGCAAUCUAUAAUUUGGAGAAGAAGCGGGAUAGAUCUGUCAUAGAUUUACUCCUACAAGCUGCCAGAUUUGACUGUGAAUAUCAGGGAAAGAUACCUGAAGGGGAACCAUAUCCAAAUAUUGCUGAAGAUGGCAUGCGAUCUGUAGAAAUCUCACCUGAAGCUCUUCAGUUUGCUGAUUCUAUAACUUUGGUCAGAAAGAACCAAGCUAUGCUGUGCCACUUUAUUGUGAAGCAAUUCCAAAGGAAAGGACACUUGUGUAGUGAAAUUCUCCUCCAGAGCUUGUUGUUCCUGUUGCACUCAGCAACUGAUCUAUUUUGUCCACCAGAGAAUGUAAUUGAUAUAAUUUUGAAGUCUGCUGAAAGCCUCAAUGACCAGCUUGCAUGUCUUUACAGUUUUAUUAACACAGGGAAUAAGAAAUUGGAUAGGGUAAAAAUACAUGGUCUAAGAAGACGUUGGGCCCUUCUCCAGAAACUGGUUCUGGCUUCAUCAGGCAGUGAUAACACUAGAGAACUUGCAAGAAAUAAAAGAGAUGGUUUCCGUUUUAGAAGUUUAGUCCCUCCAUCAACAUGGAUACAGAAGAUAUCUGAUUUCUCCAUGUUUUCUAGCCCACUCCCUCGAUUUCUCGGAUGGAUGGCAGUGUCUCGCUAUGCCAAGGAAUAUUUAAAUGAGAAGCUGUUUCUUGCUUCUGAUUUCUCACAGCUUACAUCUUUGUUAUCAAUUUACAUGGAUGAACUUUGUUUGAUGGAUGGAGUUGCAACUCCGAAAGUCAUGUCUGCAAAAGGUGAACAAUUUAAUUGUACGCACUUGUUCAAGAAGGAAACUACUCUGUCAGACCAACCAAGCAUGACCAAACAGUUUAAAAUCUUACUUCCGGAGCUACAUUUCUUCUUUCCAAGCAUGGGAAAAUUGUUUAUUGCAUUUGGGGAGAGCAUCUUGGAGGCUGUUGGGCUACAGUUAAAAUGUCUGCCCAACAGUGCAGUACCAGAUGUUCUUUGUUGGUUUUCUGAGUUGUGCUUGUGGCCUUAUCUUGAACGCAUUAAGGAGCAUCUUAUAGUCGCAAACGGAGUUAGUUAUAUAAGAGGAAAUAUUGCUGCCAAUGCGAAAGCAGUUGUCUUCUACCUACUUGAGUCUAUUGUUACUGAGCACGUGGAAUCCGUUAUUCCUGAAAUGCCGAGGAUAGUGCACAUUCUUGUGUCUCUCUGUAGAGCUUCUUAUACUGAUGUGGCCUUCCUCAAGUCUGUCCUAUGUCUAAUGAAGCCACUCAUCUCCUACUUCUUAAGGAAGGGAACUAAUGAUACAAAAGUACUGGGCCAUAUAAAGGAGGGCAGCAAUUUGAGUUGCUUUGUGUUGAAGAUUGUAUGAAAUUGUUCGUUGUGGUAAAGAUUCGGUGGAUACAGCUGAAAAUAAGAUUCAGGCACCCUUGCUUAUCUUCAUUCUGGGAUCAAUGUUUCCUGAUUUCUCAUUUGAGAGAAGGAUUGAAAUGUUAGGCUCCUUGUUAGUAUGGAUUGAUUGCAUCAGUUUUGAUCCACCAUCAUUGUUAUGCAGCUAUCUUCAAGGUUUCCAGACACUUCUAGAUGGUUGUGAAGCUGUACUAAUUCAAAAUAUUGAACUACUUGGUGUCAGCAUCCUUUCUGCAACAAGCCAGUCUAUAGAACCUGCUGGUUCCUUAGGAGUUGAUGGCACUAUGCUACUAGAGAAGAAUGCACAAGAUAGUGAAGAACAAG